CCAUGUGAUGAAAAGUUACCCAAUUUUCUGGGAAAAACACGUACAAAAACAUCGUUUUCAAGAAAAAAAAUAAAAUAUUGAUAAACCUUGUAAAAUAAUGAAUGUUCUAGGUUGUCGCUGUGCUGUCAAAAGAACUCCACGACUCUGCAGUCGUCAGAUAUGGACCUUAAAUCGUUACAGAAUUCUGUCAUCUGCUAUUUUCCGUGUGCAUGAAGCCAAAACCAGUGCAUUGCCUUUGAACUCUGUCAAUGUCAUUGCACGUCACAAAUCGGACGAAAAGGAUUUAAGUUUACUGUUUCAACCGUUGCCAUUCAAGGCAAAGGAUAACCCUGAUGACAUCAAUGUUGGUGCUGAAUUGACUGGACAGAUUAGAAAAGAAAAUCUUCUACGAUUACUGAAUCAGUUCUACAGAAGAAAAGAGGUGAAGAAAUUAGCUGCUGAAAAUGGCUUGGACAAUCGAUUGUUCCAUCAAGCUUACAUCAGCUUUAGAAAGUUCUGUGUGGAUGCUGAAACGCUGCCAGUGGAUUUGCAUGUGAUACUGAGUGACAUACUACAGGAGGCUGGGCACGUUGAUGACAUCUUGCCAUACUUUCUCCGUCAUGCAAGGGAAAUAUUUCCUCAUCUUGAAUGCAUGGACGAUCUGAAGAAAAUCAGCGACCUGCGGCUUCCUGCGAAUUGGUACCCAGAAGCCAGAGCCAUUGAAAGAAAAAUUGUGUUCCAUGCAGGUCCAACUAACAGCGGCAAGACAUACCAUGCCUUGCAACGCUAUUUGGUGGCUAAGUCUGGGAUUUAUUGUGGGCCCCUGAAACUCCUUGCGACAGAAGUAUACCACAAGAGUAACCAAGCUGGAACUCCCUGUGAUCUCGUGACUGGUGAAGAAAGAAGAUAUGCAGCUGAUGAAGAAAACCCUUCAAAUCAUGUGGCAUGUACUGUUGAGAUGGCAAGUUCUGUCACACCAUAUGAAGUCGCUGUGAUUGAUGAGAUACAGAUGAUCAAAGAUCCUCAGAGAGGAUGGGCGUGGACUAGAGCUCUACUAGGUCUUUGUGCCAAGGAAAUUCAUGUGUGUGGUGAGGCAUCUGCAAUAGACAUGGUAAAGGAACUGAUGCUAUCUACCGGCGAUGAAGUCGAGGUCAAAAAGUACAAGAGGUUGACUAGGUUGACAUAUUUGGACAGAGCUUUAGAAAACUUUGACAACGUCCGCCCGGGAGACUGUUUCGUCUGUUUUAGUAAGAAUGAUAUCUACCAUAUAAGUCGACAGCUGGAGAAAAGGGGACAUACUUGUGCUGUGAUAUAUGGAGGCUUACCACCAGGUACUAAACUAGCCCAGGCACAGAAGUUCAAUGACCCAGAUGAUCCUUGCAAGGUGAUGGUAGCUACUGAUGCGAUAGGGAUGGGAUUAAAUCUGAGUAUCAAAAGGAUCAUCUUCUAUUCUCUAGUCAAGCCACACUUGAAUGAAAAAGGCGAGAAAGAAAUGGAUCUGAUAUCAACCUCACAAGCUCUACAGAUAGGUGGUAGGGCUGGUCGGUUUAACACCCAGUUUCAGGAUGGUGAGGUCACAACCUUCAGGUCGGAUGACCUUCAGCUUCUUAAGGACAUCACGAGUAGGCUGAUAGAGCCUAUUGAGCAAGCUGGUCUUCACCCCACUGCAGAACAAAUAGAACUGUUCGCCUUCCACCUGCCUAAAGCUACACUAUCAAACUUAAUAGACAUAUUUGUGACCCUCUGCGAGCUGGACAAUGAUAAGUACUUCAUGUGCAACGUGGAUGACUUCAAGUUCCUUGCCGAUGUGAUAGAGCAUGUUCCACUGCCAUUGCGGGCCAGAUAUGUCUUCUGCUGUUCACCUAUACCAAAGAAACAGCCAUUUGUGUGUACCAUGUUUUUGAAGUUUGCAAGACAGUUCAGUCGAGGAGAACCCCUGACACUAGAUUGGCUGUGUAGACAGGUUGGCUGGCCUGUCCAGGCUCCUCUCACCAUCGUGGACCUGGUACAUCUCGAAGGUGUCUUUGAUGUGUUAGAUCUCUAUCUGUGGCUCAGCUAUCGAUUCAUGGACAUGUUCCCGGAUGCCGUACAUGUGCGUGAUAUGCAACAAGAAUUGGACAAAAUCAUUCAGUUGGGCGUGUUUAACAUCACCCAACUUUUGAAAACGAGUGAGACAAAUAUUUCAAAUGGGCCUACUGAUGACGAGGACGAUUUUGAAAUUAAGAAACGAGGUCGGAGAUCACAGCGGGGACGUUUACCAGACACUGCUCUCGAUUUGGAUCUUAAUGAAAAACCUAAGUCUCUUGCAGACAGAUUUAAAAUGGCCAAGGCAGUCAAAGCGGCCAAAAUGCCAACGGGUAAAGUGACUGAGGAAUUGAUCAAACAGGGACUCCUUACACCAGAGUUGGUGGAUAAAUUACAAAAGGAAUGGAGUGAGCAGGUUGAUCAGGACAAAAGUAGAAAUGGGGAUGGAAAUGGGUCAUUGAGCGGGGGUGGGUUGAGGAAGAAUCCAAGGAGACGGUAGCAUAGGAUGAUUUAUUGCUGAACUUUUUAUUGAAUAGUCUAGAGAGUUUUGGUUGCGUCAACUCAAGUCCUGCCUAGUGUGUUCAACCUCAAUGUCCACAUGCAGCAUAGAAUGUUCCAACUAUGUCAAGAAAUUGGGACAAUUAAACUCCAAGAGCUUCAGCGUGAUAAAGCUCACCAACAAUGCGCAAUAACUUUCUGGUUGUCUAAACCUUGAGUUGAAGUGAUAUUUUGAAU